UCACAAAUAACACAACGUGUUUGCGCUAGCAUAAAACACAAGAUUAGAUCUGCCCAGGGAGGUACUCAAUGGUGUGAUCGCAACCAAAAGAGAAAAAACUCUGGCUCACUAACACAAACUGGAGUUCAUACUUUAUUUGACGUUCUCUGUCGUUGAGAGGCAAUUCUUCGAAACCUAAAGUGACACGAGUCGCUUUCGACGCCAUGUCCUGACAAGACAAGACGAAUUAUCCGCACAUAAACUGCACAGCCAGGCCUCCUCCUCUUCCUCUCCCUCCUCCUGUGAGGGCUGCUGUUGCUGCUGUUAGCUUGCCACCAAGCUCUUAGCAAGGCUGUGACUAGCUACUCGCUUUGGCCUCAAAAAAGGGAGACGGAAAGGCGGGGAGGAAGAGAAAGAUCUGUUGGCAGUCAAUCCGGAAACAAACCAACGGCAAAAAACGAUGUUGCGAAAUCGCUGAAUCCCCCUUCGCUUUUGCGGAGAAUGGCUGACCGCCGAGUAGCAGCGAUAACAUUGGCUCCACACCUUCAUCGCGUCCUGUCUUUUUCUCUCUCGCAGGAAGCCUUCAUUGCCAUUGAGGGGAUUUAUGGGCUCACAAGUUUCAUCUGAUGAGAUGAGUGUGCGUGCCGGCCAGGGGAGCGACGAGGUGCUGGUGUCACAGGCCGUGUGGGAUUACCUUGCUGCUGCUGGGAGGCCAUGGCUCCUCGACUUCCAGCACAAGCAGGGCAUGAGCGCUGGCAUAAUACGGCGUGGAGAGAGAGGGGGCUGCUGUGCUGUGAGGUUGCAGCCCGUGGGAGGCUCCAGGCUCUCUGGGGUGGCAGACGUACCUGUCUCAAGCGAGACACGGAAAGCCUUCAUCGACCUGUGCCGCUGCGCCCGAAAAGAGAUGAGCAAGCAGGAGGGUGGCUCCAAGAGGAAGAGGGCCCUACUGCCCUGUGUGGGGGUCCUGGAGCCAAAGGGAGAGGGGAACCUGCUUCAACAUCAGCCACUGCCGCCUCAGCCUCGCCGCUCCCAGAGACAGCAGCAGCAGCAGCAAAAGCUCAGGAAGGCUGCCGAUGAGGAGGCCUGCUCCAUGUUCCAUGAGGUGGCCCACAGGAAAGACUGUGGGAUGGCUUCCCACAGUGAGGCUGAGGAUCACACGUCUUGCUCUAUCUGCAUGGGGGACAUUGUGGAGAAGACAACCCUGGAGAAAUGUGGCCACUCCUUCUGCCGCUCUUGCCUGGAUCAAGCCUUCAAGGUAAAGAGGGCCUGUCCUGUGUGUCGGCUUGUUUACGGCCAGUUGAUUGGUAACCAGCCUGCCAAUGGCACCAUGAUUGUCGAGCGAGAUCCGGACCUGCAGCUUCCGGGUCACGAAGGCUACGGGUGUAUCUGCAUCAUCUACAGCUUCCCUCCUGGCUUACAGGCGCUUGAGCAUCCAAACCCGGGUGUGCGGUACCCAGGAACAGACCGUGUGGCCUACCUCCCUGAUAGCCCCGAGGGGAACCGCGUUCUGGGCCUUCUGCGCCGGGCCUUUGAGCAGCGCCUUACCUUCACGAUUGGUACCUCGAUGACUACGGGCUUGCAAAAUGUCAUCACCUGGAAUGACAUUCACCACAAGACCUCAAUUUGGGGCGGGCCCCGCUGUUUUGGCUACCCAGACCCCACUUAUCUGGUGCGAGUGACAGAGGAGCUCAGAGAGAAAGGCAUCACAGCGGACUGACAGCAGUGAAAUGAAAAAACCUUCUGGGCUUUUGCAGAUGUCAUGGUGGUGGACAUAGCUUGGCUCCAGGUUGCUCCGUAAAUGUUCCGCACCCACCCCUUGAAGAUUUUUGGGCCCUCAGCAGACAGGUGCUGCAGUAGAGUCCUCAUCAAUCCAUUCCCACUAAUUUCUCCUCAAGGGUUCAGUUUAACUCCACGCCACAUGUGGAUGGAAGGCGAAAGUGAGUGCAGUGCAUUCUCAAAUGACACAAUCCUCCACCUGUUUCUUGGCAACUGCACUUGCAUCUGUUGCACAUGCUUGAAUUCAUGGUACUUCAUUAUUAUUUUGGAUAUCACGUUUAUUCUUAUGAAGACAAAUUAUGUUUUGAAUGUUUGCUUCUGCUCUGGGGAUUUCCUCAUUUCUUCUAAUCACAUGUGUAAUGAUUUUAUCUUAGUUGGUUGGCUCAAGUCUAAAUUUGAUUUUCUUAUUUCUCAGAUGACAGAAGCACUGCUAAAAAACUUUUUUUCUUCAUUUUUUCCCUCAAAUUCUUGCAAUGUACAGCACUCACAGGCACUUUUUUUCUGUAAGGGAGCAUUUUUUUUCUAAAGCACCUGUUCUUUUUCCUGAUUGUUUUUAAAACAAUCAGGAAGAAGGGGUUUUGGUUUUCGCAGAUGGUCGCAAAAGUUGAUAUAUCAUUGCCAUAAUUUUUUCGCGUACUUUUUCGCCCCCCUUGGUGGCCAUCAGUCACACAUGUAUCUUCAAGAUGUCUCCCAGGCAUCAAGCCCAUGACCUUAGUUGUUAGUAAUGUGCUCAUAUAAUUACCAGAUUUAUGACGAUGUCAAAUAUUAUGGGCUUAAAUAAAGCCACUAAACCAAAUCAAAGGCACAAAAGCUCUUUAAAAAAAUAAAUCUAUGCCUCUGUCCCUGUCAAACUGGGAGAUUUGCCUGUUGAAGCUCUCAUUAAAAAUGAGACUACUGUUGGAAAUACGUUUAUCUGACUAGAUGAUCUAUCUACACAGUAGAAAAAAUUAACAAAAACUUGGGAACAGUGAAUUAUGAUUUGAAUUUUUAGGGUGUGGAUUUUGUUGUGCCUUUUCUGAUACUCACUUUUGGUAAAAGAAGCAUGUUAAUUAUGGAUGAUGGUAAGCAAAGUACAUUUGGGUGUACUUCAAUGUUUUUUUGGUAAACAGCAUUAUGUUUGUAGCUAUACCUACUGGCUUUAAGGAAAAAGACACUGUUCAUACCAACAUGUAUUAUAAAUAGCAUUUCUUUCAUAAACUUUUGAGUCAAAAUAUUCCCUGAGUUAAGUUUUAUGUUUGAAAGUGAUUUGCCAAGUGCAGUAAUCUGCCCGGCUAGUUAAAGUUAAUUUGUCAUCACAUAUACAUUUAAUCCCCUUUUGUUUUCAUGCCCUUAUUUUUUUUAAGGGACCAACUGAGAUAUUUUUUAGACACAGGAUCGUAGUUUACUCAACUACUGUGCAAACAUUUCUAUGCAUUAUGUGAAUGAGGAGACGCCAGAAGGUGAAUCGUUUGGGAGGUUAAGCAUGGGACAAAUAGAUAAAUGUUGCAGUUUUGCUUUUCUAACUGUCAAUUGGUACUUUGUUGAUAUCCAGAAUAAUGUGCUUUACAUUUUAAUACUUGAAUAAAAAUUUAUGUUUGAGAUUGUGUUGGAUGUUUAAUGUCUGCUGUGCCCCAAAUAGAAAUGAACAAUGUCCAUUCGCAAUGCUACAUUAAUGACAAACAUGUGUUCUUGCAAAAUACGUGUGAAUUAUGACUAUGUAUCACGACUAUGUCGUCAAUAAAAGGCUAUUUGAGGA